UGUGAGAUUACUUAUAAUUUUAAUUCGUAAUAAAAAAUAAAGUUAAAGACUGCAGUAGCCUAGGGUUAAAACAUCAAGGACUGCCUGUUCCGGUGCAUAUAUAAGUCCACAAAGUCAAAUAGGCGACACCAUUGUUGUUGUGGACUCAAUGUAGUUGUGGCCGGCUUGUUACAAUAAGAAUAUUCUUCAAGUGUAAAUUUGAAAAUUAUAAAAAUAUGAUUUCCCGUACAACGAUACUUUUAACUUUUGUUUUUGGGUUUGCUCUUUGCGAAAUACCUAGUUUUAUAAAGGUUUGCGAAAGAAGCAACCCAGACCUGAAGGGCUGCAUAAACAAUUCUAUAAGUGAAAUCGUGCCAUAUUUGAAGAAUGGUAUCCCUGAACUAAAUGUGCCUCCUUUGGAACCGCUAAUUUUGGACAAUAUAAAUCUUAAAGGAAACGGUGAAAAUGGCAUUGGAGCGACCUUGUCAGAGCUUAAAGUAUACGGAGCCGCAAAUUUUCAUAUUUCAGAGUUAAGUCCAAACCUGAAGAAGAACCUCUUCAGGUUCAGGGUUCACAUUCCAAAAAUGAGCGUCUUUGGUAAAUAUGACACGGACUCCAAAAUACUGUUCAUUAACAUCAAAGGAAACGGACCAAUGUCAAUGAAUAUAUCCGAUUUUGUAUUCGAUUGUGCUAUGAAAGGCCACAAAGUACAGAAAGAGUCACGAGAAUAUCUGGAGUUCGAUAAGAUGAAGUUCAACAUUCACAUAGGAAGUUCCAAAAUCGUUCUAGAAAAUUUGUUUAAUGGCGACCCAGUGUUAGGAAAGGCAACAAACGACGUUAUCAACGAAAAUAUUCAUUUAUUCUUGGACGAAAUUGUUCCUGCACUGCAAAAUGCUUUGGCUGAAAAGUUCACAGAUGUUGCAAAUAAAAUAACGUUGAGGUUUACCUACAGUGAAUUGUUUCCUUAAUUGUUUUUGUAUUAUUUCGUUUUAAUAAAUUAUUCACUUUUAUAGUA